UUAUAUUUCUCUUCAUUUUUCUAUUUUUGAGUUCCCCAAAUAUUUCCCUUUUGCCCUUUUCCCACUCUCUCCCUCAAUUCUCCUCCUUUUGCACGUACUUCCAUGAUGAGCCGUUAUUCCCAAUGAAAAUUUCGAAAUUGGCAGUUUUUUCUUUAAUACUUUGCUGCUGAUUCAUUGCCUUUUACUUUAAACUUGAAACCAGAUGUUAUUCUGAGUCCUCUAAUUCCACAGUGCACAAAGGGGCUGGAAAAUUGUUGAAGUCUUAGUUGUUAGGUAAAAGACUUGGUGAAAUGGGGGGUUGUUGCUCGUCUUCCAGAAAGCUGCAGCUUCGUGGAGCGCCAGUGUAUUAUUAUUACCCACCAGCUCCAGAAGAGAAUGCAUUCCCUAGUUCUCGCAGUAGUGGGCUGUUGCUCGAUUUAAAUCUGAAUAUGUCAGCUCCUGACACUUAUCGACCCCCUCCUGCACCUAUACCAUAUGAUGUGGUUCUGGGGCGUCCACUGUCUACAGAUGUUGGGUCGAGAGACGUGACUUUAAGUGGCAAUUUUUUAGGAAAACAUGGUUGCAAGGAUCUCCAAGGAGCAAACUACACAACCCAAUUGGGCAUUCUUCUCCCCUCCCCUAAGAAAACGGAUGUUGAGCUUUUGAAGUCUAAUCCACUUACAGUAGCAGCAACGGAUGAAGAGGAUGUCUGCCCCACUUGUCUAGAAGAGUAUGAUUCAGAGAAUCCUAAAAUAAUGACCAAGUGUAACCAUCACUUUCACCUUUCAUGCAUACUCGAGUGGAUGGAAAGAAGCGACACGUGCCCUAUCUGUGAUCAGGUUAGCUUGAUGCCUGGAUAUACUCAACAGCUCGAUUUCUUUUCUUUCUUUUUGUAGUGUUUUCCCCCUUCAAUGUGGUAGCUUCUCUCACAAAGUCAUGAAAUCAAAUUGGUUUCAAUCAAGUCUGAACUUUUUGUGCUGAUUUUAUACAACAAAGCUUGAUUCAUAACUCCACAUUGCAGGAAAUGAUAUACGAAUGGCCUGUGGGCGUGGCAAGUUGUGAUUAAAUUGGCUAUUCUAUGUAUAGCUCUUCUUUGUUAAGAGAGAGGGAUCCAUGCGAUUCUUUAUUUUCUCUUCUUUAGUGCUCCGGAUCAACAUUCAUUUGUACAAAGAUCAUUACACUUUGUAAAUAGCUCAAACAUCUCAUCCCAGUUCAGCCUUAUUGAGCAGAUUAGUUUCUUUCAUGGCAACGUUGAGAAAGAAGGCAGCAGCGUCGUUCUUCCUCAAAAGGGACGUUGCCACCAACCUAAGAAUCAACGUUCCUUGCUGUGGUCUGCUUUGCAAUUGUGAGCUGCAUACAGACAGGGGAUAGAAUUACCACGAUUCAAGAUUUCUCUGUAUGUAAUGUCAAGAUUAAGGUACAAAACAAUGUACAUAGCUUCUCCUUGUUUAUAAUUCAUGUGUUGCACAUUUGCAGGCUAGGUGGGAAGCUUGUUGUAGAUUUGUUUGAAUGUACAGAUUUUAUGCACUCAUACAUGUGAUUGAAUUGUUCUUGGCUUUGAAA